AUGGUUAAAAAAGGAAACAAACACCAAGUUGAUAGCAGUAAUUCUGAUAGUGAAAGUAAUUAUGAACCUAUUGGACGUCAAUUUAUGAGUAUUUGGAAAGAAAUUGAAUUAAGUGAAGAAGUGUCUUGUAGUGUUUACAGAGGAAGGUGUAUUCAUUGUAACAAUGAGUUUAGAUGUGCUAAACCUAUAAAAACCAGAGUUCAUAUUGCACAUGAAUGCCCAAGUUGCCCCGAGUAUAUUAAACGAUAUUAUAAUUAUAUAAUUGCAAAUAAUCAUUUUGAUGAUCCGAAUGUUGAAAAUUAUAUGAUUCCACUUAAAACUUAUUCUGAAGUCAAGAGAAAAAAAUUUAAAUCUGCAAAACUUUCAGAACGACAUCAAAAAGAAAUUGAUGAAACAUUAAUAAUAGCAUUUGUCUCUUGUGGUUUACCCUUCAAAAUAAUUGAGAACCCAUUUAUGAUCAAUCUUCUUAAAGCUUUUUGUUCUGAAUAUAAUCCACCAUCACGUGAAGUACUCGCAGCUAAUUUGAUUGUUAAAUAUUUUAACAAGUCUUAUGUUGCAAAUAAUCUAUUAAGAACUCAAAUGGAAAAACAUAAAAUUGUUGGUGGUGGACUUAAAUAUUAUACUGAAACUAGAUGGACAACAGUUCACGAGUUUAUUACAAUUUUAAAAAGCCAUGGAUUUUUUGAUGAUAUACAAUAUCUAACAGAAAUACUUACACCAAUUAAAUUUGCAAUUCUUGAAGUAGAAGGAAGCCGAUCUAAUCUUGCUGAUUGCUAUAUUGCUCUUCUUAAAAUUGGUGCUAUAAUUAAUGAAUUACCACAAAGAGAAUAUCGUGAAUUUGAAAAUUAUUCAUAUAAAGGAGCUAGACUUAAGUUUGGUAUAUUUCCUAAAAUUGUUUAUCAUGCCGGCAUGUUAUGGAAGUCUUUGGGAAAAACUCAAGAAAGCUUUGAAUCAUUAAUAACUCAAUUACGAGAAUAUAAAAUACAAGAACAUCCUGAUGGAACACCAAAUGCAUAUGCUAUGCCUUAUACAAAUAUUGCUAAAGUUCAUCGAUUUAAUAUUUCACAAACUGAAUCAAAAGCUCGACAAAUUGAAAAUGAUGAAUUAAGCUCUAACUCUGAAUUUUAUGAUUCCGAAGAGGAUGAUGAUUCUCAAGAUGAAGAAAUUGAUCAACUUCUUACUUUAAACUCAACUAAUACUACAGCAAAUGAUUUGGAACUAGAAAUUAAAACAUUCAUUGAUUUUAAUUUGCAAAUUUUUAAUUCAUCUAACAAUAAUAAAGAUGAUUUGAUUGAUAAUAAGAAUUCCGGUAAUGGAGAAGAAAACUUUGAAGAUUAUAAUCCACAAACAAUUAUUGAAAACAUGAAGCUUGAUGAGGUUUGA